UACUUGUUGAGUUUGAUCGUUUUUGUUAUUCAUAAAAUCUAACCUGAAAUAACUGAAAUAAAGUUAGCUAACUUCACGUCGAACAUGUACAAGUUUACCGGGAAAGAAAAUGGCGUUCGGACAUUGACAUCUCAUUGCUCAUACAUCCGACUUUGAAGUAGACCCAGCAAACGUUCUGUCUUAGUGUUAAUUUCAAUAAUAAAUAGAACCAGAAUUUAUGAAGUUUCGAACAAAAUCAACGAGCCAUGGAUCUGCCUAAUCCGCCGCGAGAUACUAGUCUCCGUAACAUAAUCGACAAAUUAGCGGAGUUUGUGGCCCGCAAUGGUCCCGAAUUCGAAGCCAUCACAAAGGCAAAACAAGAAGGAAACCCCAAGUUCGAAUUCUUGUACGGAGGCGAAUAUUACAAUUACUAUCAGUACCGAGUGGCGUCCGAGCAAGCCUUUUUGAAACAACAAGCCUCAAUCUCACAGGCUCAACAACAACAACAACCUCAAUCUCAACCGCUUCAUAAUCCAACUGGAGUCCAGCAACUUAUGAGUGCCAGUGCUAACCCCGGAUCAUCUCAAAUGGGUGGCUAUCAUCAACAAAAUAUGGCGAUGAACUCACAGCAACAGCAGCAGCAACCCCCACAGCAACAAUUAUGGCACGGUGGCUCAAACAACACUCCAACGACCAACAGCAUUCAAUCUCAGAUUGAUGCCAUUACUAUGCAGCAGAGCGCUCUUCGUGAGCAGAUCCGGCAAUCUGAACACAACUUAUCCGCACAACACGGGGUAUUGCUCCAGCAACAACAAAAACAAAUCGAUGAAGCUAUAAAUAAAGCUCAAAACGAUGUAAUACACAAACAAGCCGAAGAUUAUAAUGUGUAUUUGGCGGAAUUUGAUGAAAUCCUUCAACCAAUUAUCGAUGCAUGCACUAAGGAUAGUAUAUCAACAGGAAAAAACUGGAUUUUACAGCAUACAUCAGACACAGCAAAAUGCAAUGUCGUAUUACAAUAUCUCUUAAAGAAGGCUUUGGUUAGUGGAGCUUCGUUUACACAAAAAUUGCAUCUUAUCUACUUAGUUAAUGAUGUUCUCCAUCACUGUGUGCGGAAGAAUGCAAACGAUUUGAAAGCGUGCUUAGAGAAUGUCGUGAUUCCGAUGUUUUGUAGCGCAGAAAUGAUUGCAAAUGAUGAUCAGAAAGCGAAAUUGUGCAAAUUACUUUCGCUUUGGGAGUCAAAGGCGAAAUUCUUUGACGCAUGUGUGAUAUCAAAGCUCAGGUCGCCCGAGUCGUCGAUGCAAGAGUACAAGACCAAUUUAAUGAAUAUUCAUAAUAACGUAAUAUCGACGUAUACGCAGGCAACGAAGGCCGCAUUAGAAAGUUAUCAACAACAGCAUCAGAUUUUCAUACAACAUGCGGCGCAACAAAUAAGCGUGCUUGAACAGCAAAAGCAAACGCUAGAACAGCAGGCGAUAGCGCAAGUGCAAGAAUCGUACAGUAUGCCCAAUGCGAACUUGAUUCCACCCUUAAUUGAUCCUCAGCAACUGAAAAGUCCAAAUCUGAACCCCAGCGGUUUGCUUGGCAAUAUCCAACCCUCAUCGAAUCAGCUGAAUAGCAGUAUGCAGAUGUCUAACAGUAACCAAUCGGCGCCGCCCGCACCGCCGCCACUUAUGUCUCAGAAAAUUCCGGUACCUCCCGAGCUGCAGGCAUCCUACGGCUCCCCGGGUAGCGGCGGCUCAAUGAAUAGUCAAUCGAACAACAGUCAAAUGUCGUACAAUAACAUAACGAACGGAUCGAAUAACAGUACCACACAGUAUCCCUCGCAAUUGCCAGCUUCGCAUCCGUACGCACAACUGUUUGCGAAUACAGCUUCAAACAAUUCCAAUUCUCGCUUUGGAUCGCCUCCGCCAGCUCCAAGUUUCCAAAUUCCAGACUUGUCCAAGCCACCGCCAGGAUUCAGUCAGGGUCAGGGCCAGCAGCAGCAACAACAGCAACCAGCCACCGUUUCAGAGGAGGACACGAAGCCCACAGUUCCUUAUUAUGAACUGCCUGCUGGUCUUAUGGUGCCACUGAUUCGUCUCGAAGAUUACAAGUAUAAACCGCUGGAUCCUAAUGAAGUUCGAUUACCUCCUCCUGCACCACAAAGUGAAAGGCUUUCAAGUGCGAUUGUUGCAUUUUAUUCGCUGCCAAGUCACGAUCGUCCGCGCGAUGUCGAUGGUUGGGAAAAACUGGGUCUCUACGAAUAUUACAAAGUAAAGAAUGCGGCGCGCAAGCAAAAAGAAGAAGAAAUACAAAAAGGACAAAGAGAAAAGUCCCGUUCGCCUUCACCUAUUCAGAUUGAACUCGUAAAGCCGAAGAAAACGAACAAGCGAUGUUACCGUUCGAAGAGUCGCAGUCGAAGUCGUAGCAAAUCAAGAUCAGUUUCACCUCCUGCUCGCGUUCGAUCACCUCUCUCGGAACGAUCACGAAAUUCAGGUCGUUAUUCAAACAGUCGCCGGUCGCCCAAACGAAGUCCAGCGCGAGAUCGUGAGCGGGAACGUGACCGAGAUCGCGGCGAUCGCAGUGAUCGAGAACGCGAUCGCCCACGUGAUCGUGAUCGUUCAGACAGAGACCGUGAUAGGUCAGUUUCGCCGCCAAGCUUCUUUGGAGGAAACUACCCCAAAUCAAACGAGUUUAUUGAAGAGACCAACAAGGGCCAUCAAAUGCUCAUGAAGAUGGGAUGGGCCGGAUCCGGCACCGGUCUUGGAUCAAAGGGACAAGGCAUAGACUCCCCGAUUUCCGGUGGCGAAGUACGGGACCGAAAAGAUAUGUAUAAAGGUGUUGGCAUAAACCUCAAUGACCCCUACGAAAACUUCCGCAAGAACAAAGGUGCUGCAUUUAUUCACCGCAUGCGGUCGCGUGCCGAGGAGAAGAGUUAAGCGGGCGCGCAAAAUCGGAAAUUUCAAGAGCAAACGUAAUGAUACACCAACCUAACCGGACAGGAACAAUACACCGAAUGAAAUAAGGGAAACGAAAUGAAUGUCAUUUCUUUGAUGCUUUUUCUGUCUCGUAUUAUUAUUUUCGUUCAACUCGUGGAUUUCAUUAUAAAUUGAUUUUGACAUUUCGGAAGAGAGACUCGGAUUUAAUUUUCUAGACUACACACGCAGUGUAUCGAUAAUGUAAUGUAUUGAGAUGUAAUUAUUAAAAAUAUUCCAUGAAUAUAUUGUAUGAAUUUUAA